GCUGUGAAAAAAGUUUCACGAACCACGGUGCGAUGGAGGAGAAUAAUUCGCUCGUUUACGGUCUGGAAUUUCAAGCAAGAGCACUCGCCUCGCAACAGGCCGAAAGCAAUGAUGUUCGAUUUUUCGUAGCCACACAAAGCCUCAAACCCAACAACCAGCUGCAUGUCGUCGAUCUGAACGAAUCCAGCUCGGUUCUGCAUCCGCAUGUGUUUGCUCACCCGUUGGGCGAAGUAUGGAAGUUGGCCGCCAGUCCACACGAUCCCCGAUUGCUGGCGAGCUGCUACAGUCUACUGAAAGGAACCCAGAUCGUGAUGCAGACCGCCUUGCUCACACUGCCCGAGUCGCUAGACGCACGUGAGGGCGAUCAAGAGUUUCUAUCCUUUGCCAAUGUAGAAACGUUGGGAACCGAGGCUUAUGGCAACGAAAUCCGUACGACCGAGUUCCAUCCAAGCGAUGCGAACCAGCUGGCAUGUGUGGUGGAUGGGAAGAUUGUGCUUUUCAAUCGUGCCGAGGCGGCCACUCGUGUCGUGGCGGAAAUCAAUGCCAAAAAUGUCCCGAAGUUCACCACCGGCCGGUGGUCGCACUUUUAUCAAGGAAAUCAAUUUAUCGCCCUCCACGAUUGCAGCAUAAGAUCAUACGAUGUGCGCGAUCCGAACCACUGCGUGUGGAGCAUCGAAGAGGCGCAUAGUCAAAUGGUACGAGAUCUGGACUGCAAUCCCAACAAGCAGUGUCACAUUGUGACCGGCGGUGAUGAUGGCGUGCUGAAGGUCUGGGAUUUUCGAAACACGAAAGAGCACGUGUUCGCACGUAACGAUCACCAUCACUGGAUUUGGUGUGUACGGUUUAACACCUACCACGAUCAGCUGAUCCUAUCGAGUGGAAGUGACGGUAAGGUGCUGCUUACCUGUGCUGGCAGUGUGAGUUCGGAGGCACCGGAGGCAGCUACCCGGCAUGACGAAGCAGCAGACGGAGCCAGCGAAGAGUCGAAGGAACAUCUGGCCGAUGGUUUACUGCACACGUUUGAUCAGCACGAGGAUUCGGUGUAUGGAGUCGAAUGGAGUACGGCCGAUCCUUGGAUGUUUGCAUCGCUUAGCUUCGACGGGCGGAUGAUCAUCUCGAAGGUACCGAAACAGUACAAGUAUCAGAUACUGUUGUAAGCGAGAACUAGUAUUCGUUGCUACUGGGCGGUA